AUGGCCACUCCGUCAGUGAAAAGCAGCAGCCCCAAUGACGGCUUUAGUGCAACAUGGCAGGCCGCUAUUGAUCGGUACUAUGAUGAAUUGAAAGAUAUCGAACAUAAUCUUUGGAACGUUCAUAGCUCUGAGGAACUUCUUGACAAGAUUCGAACUCAAUCUUUAUGGAACUUCAAGAGGCUUGAGCCGAUCCUUGUCAGCUUCAAUGAUUUCGCUGCAAUCAUCACCCUUGCGGCGGGAAUGAAUAACCAGGCCAUGGCGGUGAUAUGGGGUUCUAUUAGACUAAUAUUAGAGUUAGCUAACCCUGUGCCCCGUGAACUCUUGGAUAUGUUUGAUGAGAUGGGCCGAGCAUUUCCCAGAUUCUGUCGGGAUAAACCAGAACUUCCCCUGACUUCAGGCCUGGAGAAUGCUUUACUCAGCAUCUAUACUGAGAUCAUACUAUUAUGUGCACAUUCGAUCUCUUAUUUCCGGAAUAACCCCAACCCAGGGAGACGCGAAGUAUGGUCCACGUUUAGUACAGGGGUAUCGCAGCGCAUAUUAAGAAUUCAGAUUUACUCCAGACUGGCCGAUGAAGCCGCUGAUAUGACCCGACUUUCUGGAGAGUCAAAAAGCUCAGAUACAGUGACGGCAAUGGAAAACUUGCAAAUCAUUCGGCUACACCCAACUAGGAUGAAUAUUCCAUGUUAUAUGAUACCAUACGCCGGCAAUGUCAAGUCCUUUGGCAGAUCAACCGAGGUGGAAAUCCUAAGAAUUUUCCUUGAUCCUAAUAAGAGCCGUGAGAAUCUAAAGGCUAUCGCAAUAUGUGGAACAGAUGGUAUCGGAAAAUCACAGCUAGCAUUGCAUUACGUCAAUAAAGCCAUGGAUUCAUAUGAUGUUGUUGUUUGGAUACCAGCUGAAACGAAAAUUAAAAUGACUUCAGCCUUGUCUAAAUUUGCUGCAAAGCUUGGAUUACCCCAGGCAGAAGGUAAUGAAGGCGAUUACAGGUCGAUUCAGAUCGUACGGGACUGGCUGAAUACAUCUCGAAAGACUUUUCUUCUCAUCUUUGACAAUGUUAAGCAACAUAAUCUGCUUGACGAAAUUUGGCCAACCAGCGUUCGAGGCUCUAUCGUUAUUACUUGUCGACCCUAUUCACUCGCAUUGAAGCGGACAUCUGAAAUAAUAAACCUUUCGUGUUUCGGUGUUGAGAGAGAUAUGGAAGUGUUCUACUCCCUAAUAGGCCAACGACCUUCAAACGACAUGGAUUUAAUAGCUGCGAAGGAGUUACUGCAACUUCUCGGUGGCUUACCCCUUGCCAUAGCGCAAGUUGGGAAAUAUAUGAAUGAUUGUGUUAUACUUGCAUUCUUUGACCCCAAACUUAUCUCCGAGUCAAUCCUUUCAGAUAAAAGAGCGGGGAUCACAGAUCCGCGCCUGGAGUUUUUAUAUGAUGAUUCCGAGUUUCGAGCCGCCGUGGCUGGCCUUACUGAGGCGGCACUGGUGAACCACCUACCAACCCACAAAGCCAUAUCGAUCCAUCGUCUUAUUCAACAAUUUACAGCGUUUUCGCGGCUGUCUAUGAAUGAGGCCGGAUCAUUUUUCAAGCAUGUUAUAAAAAUGUUAUCGUGCAGCUUCCCUAAUACCUGGAAUCAGAGGUCUCACCAACAAGGCCACGGCUGGGCUUCGUGGGAGGCAUGCCGUACAAUUCUUCCACAUGUCAGUUGGCUUAUCAGACUGACGCAAGCACAUUCAUUCCCUAUCAUCGACCCCGAGUUCUUUGCAGAGCUAAAAGAACAGCCAAUAACUGGAACACAUUUCAUCCACUUCGGGCUCAACCUUGAUAUUAAGCACUCAACAGCAACUUAUGCGCAAGCAUACCGAAUCCUAGGUCAUAUUGCCUUAGACAUGGCACGGCCAAAAGCUGCCUUGUCCGCAUAUUUCCAGGCACUCACUAUCAGAGAGCUUAUACAUGGCACUCGCUCGCCUGAAAUGGCGGAUGUAUAUGGCUCUAUUGCCUAUAGCUAUGCAGAACAGGGAAAGGUUGAUGAUGCCCUCUAUUACCUUCAAAAAGCAGAGGAUAUCCAUAAUGAAAAUGACCCACUACGUAUGGGUAGGGCCCAGGCAAUAUAUGCCUUGACAUAUCUGCGAGUAGGCCGGCCGGGAGACUCUCUCAAUGCCUUGCACCAUUGCUGGAAAUUGCAAAAUUUAACUGAGGAUGAGAAUACACUAGCUGCGAAGCUCUUACGCAGCGUGAUCAAAAUGAGUAAAGGCAUACCGGAAAUGCAAGCCCACCUUGCACGAUCAUGA